AGGUGGCAACAACGAGGUAUCCCAAUGAGUUAACCACUGCUAGAUUCAUUAUGGUAACGUGUGCAUACGGUAGGCCACGAGUCAGGUCGGAUCUAGACGAAUGCUUUGUAAAAGCCUACGCCACUUGAACUAACUACAGACUUACUGAAACAGAGCAGAGUUGGAGAAGCAAACCAAGCCAAUAAUAGGAUAUAUGUAAGGUAUAAGUCACCGGUGAGGACUGUGCCUGGGGAAGCGAACACGGGCCGCGUGACGGCCUUCGAGUCGGCAGCAACCGCGUCAGUGACCAGAAUCGGGAAAUAGUUCUGGCUGAGAGACAACAACGUACUGACAAUAAUAAAGAGAAGCCGAGAGGCCCUAUCUUCUAUUUCUUAUUCUUUUUCCUCUUGCCAGCAGCUGUCCCACUACUACACUUUGAGUACCUCGUCCACUUCGAUCCACUGGCAUCGUGCUGUAUCCCACUUCCGAUGGGGGCUAGCUGGGUUCACUUUUAGGUGGACAGACUUUACGGAAGGGGGUAAGAGACGAGAGGGAGACACGAUAAGCAGAAAGGGGGGUCACCCCUAAUGUAGACUGGGGUGAUGUCAGAAUAACCCCCGCACAACCGACGAGCGCAAGAGAAAUUCAGUAGUAGUAUAAUUGUACGUAGGGUUAAGGCUAAAUAGAAGGUGACGAGGGCGCCAAGGGCUAGGUCACAUGGAAAGGCUUCGUGACAUCGACGAAAGACUGACUAAGCCUUGGCGAUAGAAUGACUGUGGUGGACGUACUCCUAGGCGCACCCCACUACAUGCUCGACAUUUGCCGUCCCUCUGACACAAAAGCUAGCGCAACGAAACUGUCAGACUAAUCGGCCCAAGGAUGGUGAAAGAGACCGAGCAAAAUGGAAUGUCUGGAAUGCUCCGCUGACAUGAUAAAGAGUACUCACGCCUGUAGCCCCAUUUUCGUCAGAAGCGCACGGAAAAGCAAGGAGAGGCCCAGGCGUGAGGCCAUAUGACACUCACAUGAACGCGAGAGCGGGACUUACUCUCUAUGUACCGCUCUCGAUAUGGUGGCCACACAUAGGGUGGCCAUAGUGGCCAUAACCAUUGGACAUAAAAUGGCGAUAAGCACCGUUUGAGUAGAAUCGACGAGCGAACAGAUAGGGGGCAGCGGGAGAAUUAUUUCUAUAAAUGCAUAUUAAAGCCUUUAUUUGGUUAGUCCAUCAUUCGCGUCGAAUUUGCGCGGCCCCAACAACACCGCGACGCCUCUCCAAAACCUAGGUUUUCACCUCUUUCGGCGAUACCCGACAAGCGACGAUACGGAGUAAUGGGACUAGAUGAAGGGAAACUGUCAGCUCUGCAUAAAACAAAGAACGACGGACCAGCGGGACAGUCGAAUAAACGAAAAUCAGCGUUAGCGCUUUAGGACCACAAAGUCUUUGAACAUGCUUAAACAUAGGAGAGAAAUGCGCAGGAUUUAUCGGAUGAAAUAGGUCCCAGACCUAAGAACGGGUUGCACAUGACAUAAGGAUAACAUGCUCGAUUUUUACAAGAAUAUAUAUUAGGACUUCAUCCUAUCGAUAGUUCACUGGAAGCAAGCACCGUCCAAGCUUCGAAUCAGUAUCAGUCUGCCUGCCCAAAAUUCAGAAUUUUUAACUAUGGACUCAAUGAAGGUGAAAGUAAAAUGGGGCAAGGAGGUUUACGAUGUCGAGGUGCACCUUAAAGAGGAUCCUGAAGUGUUUAGAGCCCAGCUGUUUGCCCUUACCGGAGUACUUCCUGAGAGGCAAAAGGUAAUGUUCAAGGGUGCCAUUUUGAAGGACAGCUGGGGUAGUAUGAAACUAAAAGACGGCGCCACAAUCUUAAUGAUGGGCACAAAGGAGGAGCUGCCCCAAGCUCCUACAGAAAAAACUGUUUUCAUGGAGGACAUGGAUGACAGCGAGAUAUCUACGGCUCUAAAAUUGCCGACUGGUCUAAACAAUCUGGGUAACACCUGCUACAUGAAUGCUGUUGUCCAGUGCUUUAAAACGGUGCCCGAGCUAACCGACCAAUUGGCAAAGUUUACUGGAGAAGUAAGCUUAGCCCAUCCGUCGGCAAAGACGAUUACUGGGGCUCUUCGAGACCUGUAUCGAUCUAUGGAAGGCAGCUAUUCCACGGCUCCAAUCGUGUUAUUGCAAGCCUUACAUACAAUGUUUCCACGUUUUGCCGAGAAGGGUGAACAUGGCGCCAAUAUGCAACAGGAUGCUAAUGAAUGUUGGACAGAGAUGAUGAGAAUGUUGCAGCAACAGCUUCCCCCCGUCAAUAACGUGGGGCUUGCUAUCACAGGCGAGGAUCAGUCCCAGACUGCUUCACCUUCGGCUGCCGCUCCAGCUCAUAAGAAUCUAAUUGAUCAGCUCUUCGGAGGAAAACUAAAUGUAGCUCUCCAGUGCACAGAAAGCGAAGAGGAACUGACGACACAGUCAACCGAAGACUUUCUGCAGUUGUCGUGUUUUAUUAGCAACGAGGUUAAAUAUCUCAUCGCGGGUCUCAAGUUGCGUAUGCAGGAAACAAUCACAAAAAUGAGCCCGACGUUAAAUCGCGACGCGUCUUACCAGAAAACAAGUAAAAUCUCCCGAUUGCCGGCAUAUCUCACCAUCAAUCUUGUGCGCUUUUAUUAUAAGGAGCGGGAAUCGGUAAAUGCGAAAAUUCUUAAAAAUGUCGUUUUUCCUAUGAUGCUUGAUGUCUACGAGUUGUGUAGCACCGAUCUCCAGCAGAAACUUUCACCACAACGAGAAAAGUUUAAGAAAUGGGAUAAUGAACAGGUGGAAAAGAAGGUUCAAGGAGCUGGCGAAAACGGCUCUAAUAAAGGCCCGGAGGAUGAGGCUGCCAAGAAAAUAAUCGAACCAUUUUCGUUUAGCGAGGAUCCUGGCUCAAACAACAGCGGGUUCUAUCAACUGCAAGCUGUGCUUACGCACAAGGGCCGCUCCAGUUCGUCUGGGCAUUACGUUGGUUGGGUCCGGCGUCAGAGCAAAGAGUGGUUCAAGUGCGAUGACGAUGUCGUAUCGUUAGUGUCCGAAGAAGAAAUCUUGAAGCUAAGCGGCGGAGGUGAUUGGCAUGUAGCCUACGUUCUAUUGUAUGGGCCACGUGUCCUGGGGUAAAAGGCGGUGAAGAAUCGUUAGACCGAUUGCUUGAAAUUGAUUCUCGCUGUUCGUCCACACGUAAACUAUAAACAAACAAGCAUUAAUUAAAUAUGAACGAUGAGUAUUAGUUUGGAUCUAUACGUACGAUAAAGAAAUCCAACUAAUAAGUACGUGGGUGGUUUGGAAAUUCGUAGACGUGGAUACUGUGAUGAACGAUGUGCUUCAGCGGUGAAGGCAGAUAGGGCAGGGAGCUUAGCAAACU